AUGCUUAGGUCGGGAUCGUUACACUUCAAACGAUUCACAUUCACCUUCCUAGUCGCCAGUAGAAGAAAUUACAGUUCAAUGAUCAGACUUGCCGAAAAAAGCAAAACACAGAGUUUUACCAAGGCCUUUCCUCCAGAUGAGCGAGUUCCUGAGCCUUCGAUUGCUUGGGACGAAACUAAAUGGGAUCUCACUCAUAAGCCAAGACAAUUGAAAAGUGGUGCCUUUUCCUGGGUUCUACCAGAGAAAAGAGAUCAGUAUAAGUUACUCACAGUUAGCCGACCUGCUUUGAAUGAUCUUGGGUUACCUGACUCUGAAGAGCAUGACAACGAGUUCUUCCGAAUAGUGUCUGGUCAGGCCUACAAUGAUAAUCCAACGGCGCAGGAAAGGGAAUAUCCAACUCCAUACAGCCAAUGCUACGCGGGGUGGCAAUUUGGCAGUUUUGCAGGUCAAUUAGGAGAUGGCCGCGUUGUUAAUUUGUUUGAAAUUGACAAUCACGACAACACUUCAAAAUAUGAAAUUCAAUUGAAAGGAUCCGGGAAAACCCCUUUUAGCCGUUUUGCAGACGGGAAAGCAGUGGUUCGAUCUAGUGUUAGAGAGUACGUGAUCUCUGAAUCUCUGCAUGCGCUCGGGAUACCCACCACCAGAGCUUUAGCGAUUGUAACACUUCCUCAUACAUGGGCCCAGAGAUAUGCUGCUGAGAAUUGCGCAAUUACCACCCGGUUUGCUCCAUCCUGGAUUCGUAUUGGUACUUUCGAUUUGUACAGAUGGAGAGGAGAUCGAAAGGGAAUGAGAACUUUGUCAGAUUUUGUCAUUAGUGAUGUUUUUGGUGGCAAGGAAGCAGUUCUCAACAACUUUAAUAAUCAAGAACCGGAGUUUGCGAAAAUUGUCAAAGAAGAAUGGGACGAGGAAAAGUUUGGUGAAUUUUCUAUCUAUGAUUUGAUGUACCUAGAGAUUGUCGUAAGAAAUGCCAAAACAGUAUCCCAAUGGCAGGCGUACGGCUUCUUAAACGGGGUACUAAACACAGACAAUACCUCUGUUUUGGGUCUUUCCAUCGACUUUGGGCCUUUUGCGAUCAUGGACAAGUUUGAUCCUGAUUUUACGUCUAAUAGUGAAGAUCACACUUUACGAUACAGUCACCGCAACACUCCAGGUGCCGUCUUUUGGAGUUUGACUAGGUUAGGUGAAGAUAUGGCUGAAUUGAUUGGGGCUGGCCCUACGAUUCUGAGUGAUCCACACUUCACCGAAGAGGGGAUCAAAAAAGAAUGGGAAAAUCAAAUAGUGACUCGAGCAACAGCAGUGAUUGAAUUGGCUGCCAUUCUAUUUGAGCAUAUUGUUACUAAAGAAUACGGACAAUUACUAAUGAAAAGGCUUGGACUGAGUAGUUAUGAGGAGGCCGACGAACAGUUAUUGCUUGACCCUCUGAGGGACAUGUUGCAGAAGACUAAGCUGGACUACAACAACUUCUUUGUUCAGUUGCAGGAGGCAUAUUUAAAGGAGAUAGAUAACGAAGGCAUAAGAAGCCUAGCAGAAUCGAUUACUAAAUCGAACGAGGACAAUAUAGUUGAAGAAUUGGAGAAAUGGUUGCAGAUUUACGUCGAGCGAUUGAAUAAACACGGCUAUGAGGACGUUGACUUGGAGAGAAGAAACAUAUCAUCUAAAGUGAAUCCCCUGUUCCUCCCACGCAACUGGAUUUUUGACGAAGUUAUCCAAAAAUUGGCAGACGAUCCCAGCGACAACCGUUACUUGAAGAAGCUGGAAAAGAUGGCAUUUAACCCAUUUGAUCCUCUCAGAUGGGGGCAUGACCUGAAAGAUACAGAGGCCAAAUGGUUAUCUACCAGUGACCAAGUGUCUAUGUUACAAUGUAGUUGCUCCAGCUGA